GAGUGAAAAUCGUCGUCGAGGUAGCUAGUUGGCUAGUAUCUAUUCUCUCUCCGAGUCGGACGCACUCGCGAUUCACUACCUAGUGGAAUCAAUCGCAGUAGGCUAGUAGCUGGGUCUGCCUUGGAUUUUGGGGAAGUUGCGCAAUUCGCAGUGAUUUCCAAACUAUUACUCAAAGCGAACCUUCGAGGUGUGAAAAGAUUACCGUUGGAUUCCCUCGGAAGAUUCGUUCCGCGGAGUCCACAAAACUCGAGAGAUAUUACCGAACGACGACCUGCGGCAAGUGGCUGGCGGAGUGUCGGAGGCAAGUGCCGAAGCCUCGCGCGAGAAGACUAUACGCAAGCGAUGUAUUGGUGAGAAGCGACGGCGGAACCACAGCAGCUGAGCGAGCGUGUUGGUACAAGAACCGACCGUCGUCUGGCUGAGGUUUGUGGGACGUCGACGUAGCAGGCGGUGGCGGCAUGUUGACCGUCAACACCGAGCUGCCUUGUGUGUGUAUGUGAAAGCAAUUCAAGGAGAAGAAGACCAGUAAUCGAAGCAGGCGAGGCAAGUGCUUGCCUGUGCUCGCUGAGGAGAAGAAGACGGUGUGAAGAGAGAGAGGAAAAAUUAACACGCUCGGUCGUGUGUGUGGUGGUGGUGGCGGCCGCGACGGCGAUGAUGAUGCAAACUGAGCAAAAAGGAGCAACAGAGGCAAAAAGCGAAAAAUAAACCGUAACUUGUGCGUUGAGUGAUUCUUUUUUUCGAGCGUUCGAAUCGAGAACAUUACUUGUUCGGGAUUAGAAAUUCAAAACCAGCUGACGUCAAGGAGACGCGACACGACGAUUUUUUUUGUUGGCCUAUUUCAAGGACAGACGUAACGAAAGACUCCAGCACCAAACACAACAACAACAAUCAAAACGUCGAAGUAUUACCCAUUACAAAAUAUUUAUAAUUAUCAUCGCAGCAUAACACACUUGCGACGAGUCAGCUAGAGAUCCCGACCUCGAAGAGAAAAUCACGAAAACAAAAAAAGGUGAGAGAAAGAGAAAAUGCUCAAACAAUAACACCAGAAACAACAACCAGACGUCACAAUUACCACCGCGCCCCGUAGUUGCACAAAGCCGAAGAGCACAAAACAAAGAGACUGCACAAAGACACACGUGCGAAAGGCCGAAGUUGCAAUCGAGAGAGGGAGAGCGUUCGGCUGAUUCUCUCUCUCUCAAAAAUUGAGCCGAUCACAGCAGGCGAGCGAGCCGAGUCAGUCAUUGAGAUACAGUCGGCCGGUUCGGACGUGUUUGCCGAUGCGGUCGUUUAGAAGCGUUCGGUCGCCCUUGGAAAUAGUGAUUGGGAAAAAAGGUUUUUAAUUUUUUUCUUCGAGUGUGUGUGCGUGUAUGUACACGGCAGUGGAGCGCAGCGCAGAGCGCGGUGUGUGGGGGUAGAAAGGAAAACAAGAAGUAAAAUAUAAAAGUGCUUUUGUGUGAAACACACACACACACAGCGCGAGCGAGUGUCUGUGCAAGCCAGCAGUGGAUGGAGUUAAAGUGAAAAGUUACUGAAAAUUUUCUGACCGUGCAGUGGAAGGCUUUAAGCCUGCUUGGAUAUUCCCGAUUACGCACGAUCUAUACGUGAGGGGGGGCUUCGCCGAACACGAUUCGUUGGCGUUGUGUUCCCGAUCCGUACUCCGAAAGAAAUCGAUUACGAAAUCUGUGAAACUGUAAACUACGAAUGGAAGCACCUCGUGCAGAGUUGAAGGAAAGUAUCAGCUCUAACGGCAAAAAAAUCCACGUGGCUUAAGUGAGGCUUGAACCCACAACCGAGCAUUGGUACUGAUCAGCGUUCCCGAUUGCGCUAUAGCCUAACAACUCUAGAGGAUUGCGUACUUGGGACUACCCUAGAAGACGUAAAAAAGUAGUCAAAUCGCAAGUGUACUUCCUCUUUGCGGGCCAGUGUUGGUGAGGUCGACGAAGAAAUCUAGUUUCUCGAGGCGGUAUACUUCAGCGAUCGACAUCUCACCAUUGUUUCGUGGACGGAACGUAAAGAAGGCCAACCGAGAUCCGAGUGGGUAGAGAGCAAGCAAGCUCGGUUUGGCAAGUCCGAAAAGUGGAGGAAAAACGGGAAAAUGAGAUGAGUUAUUGUGCAAUUACUGCCGGACGGCUAUAAAUCUUGAAAGAAAACGCGAACGAGAACGUCGACUUGGGUCGGUCGGUCGUUGAAAGAAAAACCCCCGACAAGAUUUACAAUUUGGGGCUCGCCGACGGUCCAAUUUCGGGCUGACGAUAGAACCAGUGUCGAGUGCAUUGUUUUGAGCAGCUCCGGAAAAGAAAUGUCCUAUCGCUUUUGGAUUACGACAAGUCGCAGCUAGCGCUACGCCCUCUCCGUGCAGUAUGGAUUAAGCCAGAGGUGCGCUAUUUAUAGUGUAGUGGUCGGUGUUGUCACACUAGGAGUGUGUACGGGGCUGCGACUUAGUUGCCCUUGUGCGUGUGUGCGUGUGCGUGAGCAGUGCGCGGCGUGUAGUAGUGUGUGACCUCAUUCUCGAAAACCCAUUUUGGAUUACAAACCGUGUGUACGGCAGCAGCACCACCAGCAGCAGUAGUGUGCUUGAAGACGACGAACGUCAACUAGCCGAUGACAGCGACGACGUGUGACGAUGAGGUGAAUUAAUUAGUGUUGUACGAAACCGGCCUCACACACGAGACAUAAAAGCUCACCGGGAAGAAGAAGAAUAAGUAGAGGAAGACCAACCGGAUUAGUCCAUGAGCGAAUGCUCAAGAUCGUGCGCCGUGAGAAGCUAUAACGUAAAAGAAAGCUCAACCAACUUCUUCCAGUAUCAAGCAACAAAGCAGGCCGACCAAUGCGGCAUGAGGAAGCCAUGUGUAACCGUAGCAGUAGUGUCAGCUUGGAAAUCGUCGUGCUCCGCAUUAGUAACUGAUCUAAAGUUCGAACAAACCAAAUGAACCAUGGAACCGACGCAGGACGUAGCUUCCCCGCAAGAUCAGUCACAGCCGGCGACGGAUCCGCUGGCGAUUGAACAGCCCGGUCAGCCGGAACCUCCGCCACCUUCGGCACCGGAAACGCCGUCAACCACGGGUGUUGUCGACCCGCAACCCCAAACCCCGCAGCAAACCGCAGAAGCUUCCGCCCAAAAUGAGUCGAGCCCGGUCGAGUCGACAUCCGGCGAAUCAGCCGACAAACCGGCAGAACCACCAGCGGUAGAUCCGCUGGCGGACGACAAACCAUGUGAGUCGAGCGCGGUUGGACCGCCACCGGAACCGUCGACGUCUUCGACGUCCGAUCAUCAAGACAACAGUAACACCGGCGUGAGCAGCAGCGAUGGACCGGUUGAACCGAAGCUGCCGGAACCAAGCAGCAGCGAAGUGCCGGCGGAAGCUGCUGUGCCAAAGCCAACGACGGCGAACGAUACUCCCACGAGUAGUAACAACAGCUACGUUGGCAGUAGCAGUAAUUGCAUCAAGGACCCCGUAACUGGUGAUAAUAGUUUAAAGAUAAACGGUAUAAGUGAUCUUAGCAUACUGGACGUUACCCAAGGUAAUGACGCCGACGAGAUUGAGGUUAAGGUAGAAGGCGGCAGCCUGAUGCACAAAGUGAUCAAGUUCUCGCUCCUGAACGGGAUGCAGGACAGCAGCAAGCGGCUGGAGAACAGCCGGCUGAUCAUGAGUGGGGUCAGCAGUACGAAGACGGCCAACGGUGGGGAAGCCACUCUGGCGACCACGUCUUCGCUGAGUCUCGGUGGAGGUCCACUGCGACAGGAUGAUAAGGCAAAGGAAGAAGGCUUCAAGGGCGGUACGCUGGACAGUAAGACAACUCCGCCGGCAUGUAGCAGUAGUGGAAUGCGACCGGAAUCCGUGGAACCGGGUUCAUCGUUCAGCACAAGCAGUAACAGUAGUGACAGUAGUGGUGGUAGCCCCGCGAACAACGGUAGUGAAGAGGUGAAACCAAAUCGGACAGAAGAGCCGCGGUUACGACACUCGGUCGACAGCAAUCACAGUGCCGAAAGUGCCACGCCGCGUGAAGAAAGUGCUAGUGAUACGUUCGGUCGUAGUGCUUCGCUCGACUUUCGGGAAGCGACCACGGUAGCCGUAGCGCCCAAACCGCCAACCCCACCAACCAAGGAGACUGAACCCGCUGCUCAACCCCCGCAGGCGGAAGCUAAACGGCCUAAAGCGGCAAUGUACUACGCAGAGCUUCCCGACUUUAGCAAACCGAUGUUCUCCGCCGCCCCGACAACGGCAUCGACAACGUCGACGGCGGCGUCUACCACAACUCCCAGUCCACAACAGCAAGGUCGAAGUCUGAGCCAGCUGCAGAUGAAGACGCCCGACUUUAGCCGGAUUGUCCAGGCAGCAGCCCCACCAUCAGCUCCACAAUCGUCACAACCGAGCAGCAGUAUUUCACCGGCACCAAGUGUCUCAACCAGCGGUGCGCACCGUUCGCACGAACUCCAAAUCGCCAAUCCGGACUUUUCCAAAAGCUUCGGAAUGGCUUCCAAACCGUCGUCCAGCGAGCAAUCACCGUACAACAUGCAUCCGACGUCGUUUGCCGAACUCAGCAAACAGCGCAACUACAUAAGUGAUCUGCAACUCAAGAACCCGUCGGAUCCGCAUCCCAGCGUUGUCAAGUCAGGACCGUCACCCCCGUCGACGUCAUCCGGACCAAGUUUGAGCAAUUUCAGAAUUGAGAAACCUCAAGUUCCAAAGCCUUACCCGCCGUACCGACAGGAGCCGGGACCAGCAACCCAGCAACUGGAGGAACCCAAAGUUCACGUCAUUCACAAGGCUUCCACGUCGUCCACGCCACAUCCCGAACCUGCCAAACCUUGGAAUCCAGCUGUCGACUACCGAGCAGCAGACAGGAGCCGGUACCCACCCCAGCAGUACCAGAAAGGUCCUCCUCCACUAACCAGUGAGCCACCUCAUCCAGGACCGCACACCUAUCAAGGUUAUCCUCAAUACCCGCCCAGCAAAGGCAAAGAACCUCCAACGCAGCAACAAACCCCUGUCGCGGCUCAUCCCGGAGGAAUCAUCGUGAACAACGUCAAAACGUACUAUCCGGAACCACCCCAGCAGCAGCAGCAGCCGCAGCAGCACCAACCUCCGAAGUCGAAAGAUGCCGAGUUCCGACUCGACUACAAAGAGAAGCAACUCCGCCAGGAGGGCACGAUCAUCACAUUGAAGCAGAACGAAAGACAACCACCAGCGCAGCACCAGCAGAGCUAUCCUCCGCAACCCCACUCAUCGUACCACAGGUCGCGAUCACCUUCGGCUGAACGACGCGAAGCCCAGAUGAUGGCCUCCUCGCAGGAGAUUCUCUACCGUGACUUUAAGCUUAAACAGUCGUACGAGAUGCCCCCGUCGCCGGCGUCCUCAUCGCGAUCGCCAGCACCGGUCGCACCCCGCGAUCGCUCUCCGUACGAUCCGUACUACCGGGGUGGUCCUCCCUCAAAGUAUUACCCGGAACAACAGCAACAGCAGCACCACCAACACCACAAACAAUCCCCAAGUCCUUCAGCGACACCCUCGCCAACUCCGAUGCACAGUCGGAACCCGAGUCCGGUGUCCAAACCGGUGCCCCCACCACCCGGUCAGAUGCAUCCACCCUCGAGUUGGCCAAGCCAGGGCCGAGUAGUGGCGAGUCCACACGGCGGUGGCAGUGCCAACUCUUCGCCUCAAUCGGCGAGUCCGAACCACUACCACCCUUCUCAGCAGAAGAACUCGCCGAGUCCAGUGCAGCAGCAGCAGCAUGCGUAUCAGCAACCACCCGGUCAACACUACAAAUCGCCUAGUCCUUCAUCGUCCUCGUCGCCAUCGCCGUACGGUGCUGGACCUGUUCCGCCAGCAUCUGGACCCGUCACCAAAUAUACUCAGUACUAUCCGAGCGUAAACGGCGAGCGGAUCGUCAGCAUCGAAGUCGACAAGGAGCAGUACAAGCCCGGGUACAAGGGCCUGGACUUCAACAUGGAGCAAAAGUUUGCCGAAGUCUACCAGGCGCAUCAGAUGAAGGAGAAGCAAGGUAGCACCUCCAGCGUAAGAACACCCGGUCCGGAGUACGCGAGACACCCCCCUGGUGCCCAAGGUCAUCACGCAUACAAGCCUCAACAGGAUCACAAACACCAAGAUCAGUACCGUGACGAGCACGGUAGAUCGAGAGCGCCGAUGGUUAACGCACGAUACCCACCAUCGCAGGAGAAUCUCGCCCACUACAGUCAACAGUAUCAGCAGUAUCCGCCGCGGAGUUUACCGGAAACGGAUGUGAGAAAAGCUGAACAACCUCACAUGAUGUACCCGAAGCCUUCGAGUCGCGAUCCUUCACCGGGUCACAAAUACAAUCCCAGUGAGGUGCCAAGGCAUCCCGGCUACCCACCGUACUCCCAUCCGUCGAGCUCUAAGGCUCCUCAACAUCCGGCGUACCCACCAGGACCGGGACCGGCCGCAGGAGGCGAACCCUCGCAGUACAGUCUACCAGCGAAAAGUUCCUACUCUCCGUACGAUCGUCCACCGGAUAAGCAACAGCAGCAGCACCAUCAACAACCGUCUGUGAUAAGCAACGCCUACAGCAGCAGCAGUAGCAGUAGUAGUAGUCGUGACGAGCGAGCAGGUCCACCGCGGGCAGUCUAUCCAGAAUCUCGCCCAGCUGAGCAUUACCCACCCGUUUCUCAAUACCAGACACCACCGCAACCAAAACCCUACCCUCAACCGCCGAGAGAUUCAAACUGGCACUACCAACAGACACCCCACCAUGGUCAACCACCUCAGGCGCCCCAACCUGGUCCAUCGGGCUACGGCCCCGAGCGACCUCCGAUGCGGGACGAACGCCAAGCUCCGGUCAUCCAGCCUCCAAUGAGCAAAAACAUCCCCGUCAAAGUGAUUGCAACCGCCAACUCCGUACCGACAGCACCUGCCUCAUCAACGACGAUCGCACCGGCCACGAGCACAACGAAGCGAGAAUCUCCGCUGGAUCUGUCGGUCAAGACGGUCAAAACCAAAGCCGAUUCCACCGCUAGCGAUGACUACGGUCACAGCAGUCGAAGUCGCGAAGUUGUACCGAAGGUCAACUUUAACCCCAACUUUAAGAAGCACAUUCCCGAGAGGGCUCCACCAGCGCCACAACAGGCACAACCAGGACCAUCACAGUCAUAUCAUGUUCCGCGUGAGCCACAGCCGAUUCCACCGCCGCAUCAUCCCCACCCGCACUCGGCGAAGGCCCCUUCGGGUCCACCACCACCCGAUCAUCGCCAGAUGCCGGUCAUCAAUCCGGCGAUACCACCCGGUUAUGACAAGAAAACUGACGCGUACAUGUCGGCCAAUUACCGAGCCGUUGGAGGAUCGGUUGAUGCGCGGUAUCCUCACGAUAGUCGGUACGCUCCACAAGGUCGUGAACACCCGGUUCCGUACGGAAUCCCACCGGGUGCUUAUCCCGGUCCGGGUCCCUACCCACAGAGGCUACCCCCCGGCGCUCCGGUCCCACAACAUCCAUACCAACUGGGACCAGCACCACCCAAGGCGGAGCCGUACUACCCAAGCGGAGCCAAGCAAGCCCCUUCGGUAUCCAGUCGAAGUGUUUACUACCCGCCACAUGAAACGGCUCGUAGCUCAAAGCAACAACCCCCAGCUCAAAAAUCCCACAUGGACGAUCCUCGCAUCGAAGAUCGCAAAUUCGUCGAGAGCAUGCUCAAGAAGCAAGCUUCACCGUCUGCUGAGGUGAUCGCCGAUCUGCAAGCAGGCAAGUUCUCCACUCGACUCCCGUCAACGCUUGCCCCAGCUAAGAAGCGACCAGCAGAGACCGUGCCCAAGACAUCACCAACGAAGGUUGCUCGAGUCGAGGAACCUUCGCUUCAUCGUCCCUACGAGAGCAACUACCGACAUCCGCAAUACCCCGGUCCGGCCGCUCCACGCGAUUACUACCCAGUCCCAAUCAAGCACGAACCCGCAAGUCCUCAACCCGCCGGAACGUACUACUCGGCAGAAAAGCGUCCGGAAAUGCCAUCGAUAACGCGGGGUGUCCUGAACACCGCACAAACACACCCUUCCGUUCUCCAGCCGAACGUUCAGCGGGUCGGGUCUCACCCGAUCGACACCCAUCCUUCGGUCAUUACCAGCUAUCACGCUGCUGCGGCAAGCAGACCAAUCGAGGAACACCCGCGCCCCUCCUACAGCCACCUGGAAGAACGCGGGCAGCCCUUUCGUCACGGUGAUCCGAAGUACUACGGAGCAGGGCCGCCACCAACAUCCGUAGAAAAGCCUUCGCCUCGCCCGGCCGACCGACCAGACGUCGUCAAUCAGACCUCGGUGCUGCAGAUGCAGUCCCACAUCCAGUACGGUGGCCAUCUGCCACCGCAGCAGCAGCAACAGCAACAACCGCCGAUGCAGUACAAGCGACCGGAAGUUGUUCAGCAGCUGGUACGACCCACGAACAUCGUGGAGAACCACCAGGCACGAUCGUACGAGAACAUCCCACGGUUGAUCAGUGACGCACCCAAAGUGAGCCCGGAUCAGAGACCGACUCCGCCGUAUCACCACUCCAGCCAGGAAUCGCUUAGUCCUUCCGGUCCGUCUCCGCAGCAUCGUGGCGCCGAUCAAUCCGUAAUCUCCAAGCUGCGCAACAGUCUGGAACUGAAGGAACAGCGGAACAACCAGCUGCGCAAGCAAACCAGCUCGGAAAUGUCCGAAGAGGACAACAAGCCGAUGGACCUGAAUGCAUUUCCACCGUCGCAUUUUCGUUCCAAAGGCGCCAUGAAAGCGUACACUCCUAUUCCGGCCUUUGACGCGCCUCUGGAACAGCCGCAGGAGCAGGCUCCGAAGCCACCUUCUCCGGUCAAGCAGGAACCAGUGGAAAUCCCGAAGGAACCGAUUGAACCACCGGCGGACAUUGAAGGUGCCUCGGCACUGGACAUCCUCGAUUGGGGCAGUGCCUGCAACGAGUUUGUCGAACAGCUGCAGACCGGCAAGAAGCGAGGCCGACGGAAACGAGGCAUCGGCGCUAAACGAGACAACGAAGCCGCAGCCCUGAACGAUGGGUUUCGUGCUGACCUCCCGGGAACGGCCAACAGCACCCUGUCCGAAGUCCCACAGGAGGUGCUAAGGUCAGCGGCGCAGGAGAUCGGUGACUUUGCCAGCUCCAGCGAUGAAGACAAACCGCUGGUUGUGCUAAAGCAGCAGCAGCAGUCCGGCACGGAGGAUCAGCUGCUCGCCAUCCGGAACUCGACCAUGGAAAAACUGACGGAGAAAAUUGCUCGCAACAUGCGGGAGAAGCAGCGGCUGGAGCAAGAGCAGCGGCACGAGGCAAAGCUGGGACGAUCCAGCAGCUCGGAGAGCGAGUCCGACAAUCGACGAGUGGUUCAGCGUGCCAAGAUGAGAGCGAGGAAGCUGAGAAAUCGGCAGAGCGUGCCGCUUAAAAGUUCAGACGUCAACACCGACGGUGAGGACGAAGAGGAGGAGGAGGAUCAGGCUCGCGAUCUGCGCAAGCGCAAGAAGCUGGACCAAACGUCGUCGGAGUCGGAACCGGAAGCGCAGUCAAAAAAGUUGAACCGCUGCCAGACGCAGCAGAUCAAGCAGGAAAACGGAACCGACAUGAGCACGGACGAGGAAGAUCCGAAGACGCAGUCGCCCGGUGGCAAGAAGGACAAGCGGCUUGAGGUGAAGUCCGAGAGUGUGAAACAGGGACGAACCGCGUCGGACAGCGAGUCGAACGACGUCAAGACGAACGAAUCGGCGGGGACGCAGGCAAAAAACUGCAAAGCGGAACCGCAGUCGAGCGGGUCGAGUGAGUCGGAGAAGAGCGAGGUGAAGCCGAAGAAGCGAGGGCCGAAAAAGUUUGCGAAGCCGAGGACGACUUCGCGAUCGAAGGUGGUGGAAGAAUCUUCGGAGAGUGAGGAAUCGUCGGAUGAGGCUGAAACGAUGACCCGGUCCAGGAGUAAGCUGGUGCUGGAGAAGCAAAAGUCGAACAGUAAGGUGCUUCGGAACGAUAAGAUUGUGGGGAAUUUUGUGAAGGAUCGCAAGCGGCACGACAGCGUGACCCCGCAGAAGGGGAAGAAGGGGAUGGUCAACGUAAAGCUGGAGGCUAGCAAGAAGAGAAUUCUGGACAGUGACAGCGAUGGGAAGUCGGUGGCGGGGAAGAAGCGAAUCCGGAAGACGUCGAAGCUGCAGACAACCUCGGCUUCGGACAGCUCGGAAGAGAGCGAAGCUGGCCAUCGGUUGAGGACGCGGAAGCAGAAGGCAUCAGAAUCAUCGGCACCGUCGUCGGCUACGAAACGGGGAACCAGCCAGGAUGGGAAGGGGAAGGGGCUGGACAAGAAGGGUGUUAAGAGUGAACCACCGAAGAAGCGGGGUCGUCAACCGAAGAAGACUUCCAAGGAUUGUGCAACGGAGAACACGAGCGAGAACUUUUACCCAGGGUGGGAGAAGGAGCUGUACGAGUUCAAGCGUUCGCUGAAGGUUCCACCGCAGCUGAUCACGAUCGGUGGUCGACAGUACGUGCACAGGAUAUCGGCUUCGCUGCCGGAUUUGGACUCGCACCACAGUGGGGAUGAGUCGGAGACGUUCUCAGAGAUUGUGAAGAAGAUCAACCAGAAGGACGCCGAGCGGGUGGGCAAGAAGGUCAAGACGAAGGCUGCGGCGAAGCAUGGAGCGAAGAACAAGGAGCAGCAGGUUGAGGAGAGAAAGAUCGAAGGGAACAUGAAGUUUUCGUCGAUUAUUGAGCUGCUGCAUGAGCGGAUGUUGAGACAGCGGAAGUUGAUGGCGAAAGGCAAGAAGGGCAAGAAGGGAGACGACAAGGACGCGGUGAAGGUAAAGUCGGAGUUUGAGCUGUUGCCGACGCCUGGAGCGGAGAGUGAGGCACUGUUCAACCGGAAGAAGAAGUCGCUGUUUGAUACGGCGAUCUUCAAGUCGCGAACGAGAACGGAGCAGAAGGUCAUGCAGAGCAAGGAGAUCAUACGGGAAGUGUUUGGAGGGGACGAUGAGCGGCCGCAGUCGGCGCCACCGCUGGGCUGUGUGAAGGAUCUGAAGAAUGUAACGUUCGACGAGGUGUACAAUGAGAUGUUGAACAAGACGGAACAUGUGGCGUCGUUUCUUGCGCAAAAGAAGCUGCAGAGGGACAAAGCGGUCGCUUCGACCAGUGGUGGACAGUCGGCGGUGAAAGUGAAGAUUGAAGAUCUGGACGAUGAGACGCAGGACAGUGUGCUGAAGGAUUCUGGGAGGGUGACCGAGGAAGGCGAUACGCCUUCGGUUGUUUCUGAGCGUGAUCUGGCCACGCCGGUGUCCUUUCGUGGCAUCGGGAAGAAGAAGACCCACAAAAGCCGCCGUAAGGGGAGUUCUGGCUUCGACUACAUCCGGAAGAAGAAGAAACCGGUGCCGGUGAACAAUGGGGAGCACAGCACGCCGGUGGUUCCGAAGAAGAAGAUCAUUUCGGCGUUUGAGAAUCUCCAGACGAAGGACGAGUCGCACAUCAACAAGGAGAUUCGAAGCUGGGUGCUGAACAAGGGCGUUGGAGAGAGCGUGAUGCACAAGGCCGCAAGGUUAGGUUACACGGAUGUGAUCGUGUACUGUCUGGAGCGGCUGGAGAUGGAUCCGGAUCUGAAGGACAACGCUGGGUACACUCCGCUGCAUGAGGCUUGUGCCAAGGGUCACCUCGAUAUCUGUAACUACCUGCUUCAGUACGGAGCGAGCCACUCGGAAACGGCGCCGUCGGGCAUUCGUCCACUGCACGAAGCCGUCGAGAACUCGUUCAUCGAGGUCGUUCGACUGCUGCUUGCGUUCGGAGCGGACCCGAUGCUGGCGACUUACGCCGGUCAGACGCCGAUCCAGCUGGCAGAGAACAACGAGAUGGCAUUGUUUCUGGAGAACCACCUGAUUGACAUCCAGAGCUUGAGUUCCACCAAGACCGGCUGGAAGAUGGACGGAUCGUGGAAGGCGCACGAUUUCGAAGAGAGCGGCUGCGAUCUGUUUGCCGACAUUCCAGACUUUCCGCACGACGAAUCGCACAACAACUCGACCACCACGGAGCGCUCUUCGCUGAGCAGUUCCGGCCAGUCGACCUCGGACCACUGUCCUCCACCGCCACCACCCCCUCCUCCGUCGUCCCAACCCGCUGCGAAGCGUUGCGACUCCAACUCAAACAUCAUGAACUUUGAGGUGCCCUCGGUCAAGUCGGACGAGUACGGCGAACGCAAGUACAAGGACUGCGCCGUGGUUCUCAACGACAUCCAUCUGAACGGAGCGACGCCGACCGCAGCACCGUAUCUCAACGGGCAGACCAAGCAGGUCAACGGGCGACUGAGCGAGGAGGAGAGCGAUGAGGAUGGCGAGCUGGGCGGAGAGUUUGUGUUCGAGUACGAGGAGGCGGAUCGGCCGCUGCCGCCGCUGUACCUGCUCAAGGACGACACCGCCGGGGACAAGUGGGUGCUGAUGACGGAUUUGUGCAACUUUCUGAAGCUCAAAUCGAAGGAGGCGGUCAUGAAGCAGAUCUGUCCCACCCCGACGGCGAAUGCAACAACCAAUGGAACAACCACCGCAAUCAGUCCGCCUAGCAACGGCACCACCACGGUGGUGUCCUCCCGCGAGCUCAUCCGGGAGCUCAAGCUGGAGGACUUUCUGACGCGGGCCAGCUGCCUGCAGCUGCUGUGCGCCGGCGAGAAGCUCAACAUCCACUCGAACAAGGUGGUGCUGGUCAAGUACAACGACAACGUGCGCAACCUGCUGCAGGUGCAGUCGCACGUCGCCAAGAUCUGAACAGGGGGAGGAGAAACGAGAGGAAGGAAUCAGACUGAACGGGAACGGAAACGAAACGGAUAAACGAACGUCGGAAUAUGCCUUAUUGUAGGAGAAGGGAGAAGUAGGAAGGAAGGAGUAGAAGAGUUGUUUCAGGAGAGAAAAGUGAUUUUAUUAGGAACAAAAACAAUGGGAAACAGGAAAGACUUACCGGAAGUGGGAAGUAGGAACAAAACUUGCUCAGGUUACGAUUUAUACAGAACAAAGCGAAGCGAAGUGAGGUUAGCCCUCAAAGGUUGAAGUGGUUUUGUUUGCUCGCGCAGCUGUCCGGUUUUAGUUCGCGCUCCGGGUUUGUUUCACUACGUGCAACAAUCGUUACGGAAACGGUUACGUCCAUUAGCCUUAGUUUUGCUCUUUCUAGUUUGGCUGAGCGUGGCUGAAACGAGACUGACUGAAUUUAAUAGGAAGUAAUAGCAAACUAUCACCGCAAACACUCAACGCGCUCAAGAAAAAAACAACCAACAGAAACACGAGAACCGGUGCCUUGUUCCGGAAACACACGUUGCUGUUUUGUUUUUGCUGAGUUUCGCGCAAUUGUUUCCUUUUUUGCGAAGUUGACAAUACAAUUUGCAAGGGGCAAGACACUCAUUUUAUUAUUCUCAUGGAGGUUUGUAAAUAUUGCUUUGUAGGCAGACUUUUAAACUAACAUAUGUUUUCUGUAAAUAGCGCAAGAAUAGUUUAAUUUUUAGUUGAAAGUUUCCAUUACCUUUUAAGUGUUCUGUUUAGUGUGAUUCGCUUGGCAAGAAUAUUUAUUUUUAGUUCAAAUUGGCUUGUUUUUAGUUAAUGAUUAUACCUUAGUUAGGAGCUGUAUGCAGUUUUACCGCACUCGUGUAUUUUAUUACGUUUAAAUGUUAAAUAAAAUAGCAAGUUUUAUUUGUUAGUAAUGCUUCUAUCACCAACUAACCAAUGUUUAAAUGGAAAACCGACAUUGGAAAACGAUGCGCGAACUAAUCGCGACUAAAACUAACUAAACCUUAUCUACAAUGAUUAUGUGCACCAAGUGCAACAAAUUUAAGUAAAAAUCCAAAAAAAACUCUGAUUGUUAUCAGUUACGAGAGUAUCCGCGUGCAGCAGCAGCAGCAGCAUUGAAUAGAAUUAAAUUCACUCCACGUUACUUGCGGCCAACUUGCGCCGCCAAACCUAACUCAAUCUAAACAAACAUACAAAAAUGAGACUUUCAAUUUAAAAAAGAAAAAAAAAAGUUUUGUUCGUGAAAGGAUGGUUUCGUGGCUAAGAAAGAUAAGAAGGAGGAGGGACAAGACACUCGUGUGCAAUCGGCUUAAACUCAAUUUUUGUAAAAUGUUACUGCUAAGGUAAAACGUGAAACGGUAUGCGUGUGUGGAGACAGUAAUGUGUAAAAUAUUGAUAAAAAUAAACAGCAAAGAAAUGUGAUUUUCGCAAAAUAUACAACUUAUAAUAAAAAAGAAAAACAAAAACUAUGUGAGAAAAAGAUGGAUACAAACGGAAAAAGCGUAUGAAAAGUAUAUUAUAAUGCAAAAUAGAAUAAAACUCAAAUUAAUUACAA